UUCUGUUAGUUUUGAUCAACUUUUCUUCGGUUCCGGGUUGUAAGCAACUAUCGUCGUAUAUGUGGUUGCUUAAUUGUUGCUCCUUAUAUAAUCUAGUGCUGCCGGAUGAGGCAAUCUUUAAAAGGAAUUUACAAUAGUGAAAGGGGACAAUUAAUGAUGUGCUCCCUCACGUACUCCCAAUUCCCAAACUUUGUUAAUAAAUACUCUCGGGAGCGGGUCCGAAGCAGGGAGAGAACCACCAUCCAUAAGAAACGAGGGAAGAAGGUGAAGAAGCAAUAUAGCUAGGAGAGAUGGCCAUGGCCAAGUACUCCAUGAUGCUUUUGUUGCCGCUCCUGGCGACGGUGCCAGCUCCAUGCCAAGCGACGCUGGAGGAGGACGAGAAGGAGUGCGCGGACCAGCUGCAGAACCUGGCGCCGUGCGUGCCGUACGUGAGCGGGAGCGCGCCGAAGCCGACGCCGGAGUGCUGCGCGGACGCGGAGAAGGUGCGGGCCAGCCAGCCCAAGUGCCUGUGCGUGCUUAUCGUGGAGAGCACCGAUCCCUCCCUCGCCCUCCCCAUCAACACCACCUUAGCCCUCCACAUGCCCGCCGCCUGCAACAGCGACGCCAAAGUCUCCAACUGCCCCAGCAUUUUGAAGCUGAAUCCGAGCUCACCUGAAGCCAGGAUAUUUAAGGAUGCGAGUGGGGAUGCGACGGCCUCGACGAGUGCUUCCUCAUCUACUCCUACUGACUCUGCUUCGGGUUCGGCUUCUGGCGGGGGGUCGGGGGCUAAAACGGCACCUAACAACAGGGGAGGGAGACUGGAGAGCUUUGUGGGUGGUGGUGUUGCUGUUGCUAGCCUAGUGGUCUGCAGUGCAGUUCUUUUUAUGUAACGUCUCAUGCAUGGGGUGGAAGAAGGAGGCUUUUAUGCCGUCCGUCCGUGCAUGGAGAACAAGUUGAUGAAGUGAUGCCCCCGAAGUUUCGCAUGGACGGUGCGAGAGCCACCUGAGUGUCGUGUAAUAAACUUGAACUUCUAAUUUGUAAUAAAUCUGUCUCGUUUCUAGCUUUUUAUCCCACUGCUAUCUAUCUCCAUCAGGAACCCCUUAAACUCAACCGAAGGGUAUAUAGUUAGAUUAGCCUUGUCGAUCGAGGGUCUCUUGCUCCCAUCUGGGACUUCUGAUGGUAGACGGUGGGAAGACACUCUGAUCCUGAAACAGUUCCAGUAUGAGUUUUGCUUGCACCUUACGGACAAAUCAGCAUGGUAUCCAUAAUUUGGAUGAACAAACAGAAAUAAACAGCAAAGGCAAAUUGCACCGGUAUGAUCAGAGAUCGGAUGCAUAGGAAAUUAAGCAGGCCGGCGGAUAAUGAAACUGAAAUUAUGGUGCCAACAGCUUCUCGGGAUUCAGAAAAUAUAUCAUCUAUUUUAACCAGCAUCGUCCCGUGCCGCUGAUCUGAUGACAGGAAUCCAUCAUGACGUGGGAAACUUUUGCUUGGAGGAUGCAGCGGUCAAGCCUAGCAACUUUAGCAGCACCCUUUUGCAUACAUCCGAAAUCCGAGAGCUGAUAAAUAUCAAACACUCGAUGCAAUCAAAUUUCACAUUGUUCAUUAUAUCUUAUAGUUUUUCCUGUCAUUUUGAUUGUCAAGCUUUUAACACGUACAACAACAUCAUUGCCCUUAACGGGAAGUCAUUGUCCAUUCCAAACUCGAAAACAGAAAAGAAAAGAAAA